AUGGCCGUCGUGUCGCAGGCCAAGCGCACCAGGACCGACAAGGCCUUCCGGCCCAAGAAAGGCGGCACCGAGUCGUCCCGCAAGCACCACUUCGAGUCCUUUUCGCACCGCGUUGCGAAGCUUAAUAUCGAUCCCAUCCGCCGAACCACGCGCCGCGCCGACGACGACGACGACCUCUCCGCUUCCUCCUCCUACCUCAAGACCUCCUUCGACGAAUGGAAGGACCUCAACCUCUCCGAAUCCUUCCAUGCCUUCUCCCGCGAACUCGACCCGCUCUGCGAGUCGCUCCCGCAGAUUCUCCACCAUGCCGACCGCAUCAUGGAUCUGCUCGUCUGCUACAUCGAGAAGAGGGACGCCCUGUCGCUGGAGCCCUUGCUGAGCUUGGUGUCGCAUUUUGCCCACGACCUGGGCGUGAGGUUCGAGAAGUACUUUGCUCGCACCGUGCGCACCGUGUGCCAGGUUGCUGCAAAGCAUCCCGACAUUGAGGUCAUUGAGUGGAGCUUUACCUGCUUGGCUUGGCUUUUCAAGUACCUCUCGCGCCUUCUCGUGCCUGACUUGCGGCCCCUGUACGAUCUCAUGGCUCCGUUGCUCGGCAAGGAACACCAGAAGGGUUUCGUUUCCCGCUUCGCCGCUGAAGCCAUGAGCUUCUUAGUCAGGAAGGCUGCCGCUUCAUACCACAGGGACAAGGAACCCUUGCAAACCAUUGUCUCUCAUGCGUUGGCCGAUCUUGCCGAGUUGGCCCAGCGAACCGAUGCCUCUCAGUACCAGCGGGGUUUGAUGACCCUUUUCGUCGAGUCUGUAAAAGGUCUCCAGAACGGGCUUCACUCCAGUGCGGAAGCGUUGUUUAGGGUACUACUCGCGCAGGCGUUAGCCUCUCCCAAAGACGACGAAUCUCUUGUGCCAGAGGAGCGGCCGGCGAUGGAUGUCCUCCAAGGCGUGCUUACAGCUACCAUACACUACACAAACUCGGAGACUUUUAGACCGGUUCUACAAAUAGUCCUAGAACAAAUAGACGCCGCCGACCCAAGCAAGGAUACCCAGUGGCUGGAAAAUGCCGCACGUCUUUUGUUCACUGUGGUUGGCGUCAGGAAAGGGACCAGGAUUGCCGAUUGGACCCGUGUCAUGCGCACAACAUCACAAGUAGUGGCAUCUGCGGAGACCACAAUAACUACCGCGAAGUCUGCCGUUGUUUCUGACGUCCUGGCCGCCGUGGCCGUGACCCUGCAACUCUGCCCGAUGGACAUCGUCAUCCCGCACUUACGGAUCCUGGAUACUAUUUCGAGCGGCCCUUGGCAACAGUCUUUCCUCUAUUUCUGCAAUUUCUUUUCCGAGCUUGGAAUGGAGAGAUUUCAGAGCAUUCUUCUUCCACAUUUCAAAAGAUAUGUCGUCUCGAGAUGGAACCAAGAAAAGCAAGGCAUUGCUCUAUUGCUUCCGCGGCUUGCCAGUCAAGGCUGUUUCAGGAAUUCCCCUCUUACAUGCCCUCCCGCAUGGCAGGAGAGCAUAAUCGACUCGUUCAAGGAACUAUCGAGCGUAACUCCCGUACAGGCCGUUAUCGAGAGUGAUGCGGCUUUGUGCAAUGCUUAUCUGGAUGUUGUUCGCCUGUCAUCGGUUGAGUCACAGACUGAAUCAGAGAUAUACAAGCGUCUUUACGACCUUCUUUCUGGAUCCUUGGACGCAACCUCGAGUGAGCUCACACCUGACGUCAAGUUCGGUGUGGGCGCCGGCUUCAAGUAUGUCGCAGAAAACCAGAACAAGAAGUCAGAAGACAAGGCGUUGUGGGUUUCGUUAUGCUCGGCGUCUGCAAUCCUCAGCCGGUAUCCGAAGUUCGCCGAAGCAAUCUUGCAAUAUCUCAAGGUCCACGCCAAUGGCCUUGACAUGUCUGGGGAUCAUGUCGAAACUCUCGUCAACGCGGCCAUCGACUGUCUUGGCUCGCCCUCGCAUGAUCUCCGUGCCUCGAGUCUAGAAAUCCUGCAGCUCAUCCACGCUCUCAAGCAUGACGGGACGGAAUCCGACCUCCUUUCCACCGCGAUACUGAUCGAGAGCACUCCUGUUAAUAUGCAAACUGCACGAACGGUGUCUAUGAACAUUCGUCGCCUCGCUGCGGGUUACAAGCAUGUGGUUGAUGACUCCUGGGUUGCUCGUGCCAUUCCUACCUUUUGCUUCGGUCUUCUCUACGUUAACUUCACCCAGGUCUGGGAGGAUUCGUGCAGCGCUUUGAAGGAGAUGUGCGAGACGAAAGUGGGCGAGACGGUCGCAUCGGAACUGGCUUUCAAAUGGCUUGAGGCUGUGCCUAGCGAGGAGCCGUCAACACCUGCAUCUUCUGCGCAAGAAAACAACCCGUUUGCGGUAAAUGAGUUCGAGUGCACUAACAUCAUGCAUCUGUCAAAUCUCGCGAGACAAGCCUCUGAGUUUCUGAACGAUGCGCCACAUCAUCUUAUCCAGCACUUCAAUAACGAACACCAAAAAGUCGCGUUCAUCACAGCCCAAAGCCGGCCGCAAGCCUUGAAGGUCCUCAACACCAUCCCUCAGGUUGCUGAGAAGAAAUCGCGGUCGCUCGUCCCUACGCUUCUCCAAUGGGCUACCGGUAGUUCAGUUAUCAACGAGCCACUUCCAGAUGGCGGUAACGACCCGGCGGACAACGAAGGAAACGACCAGCUCAGGUGGUCUCGGAAAGACCAAAAGGCAAUGCUCGGCCUCUUCACGAAGUUCACGAACCCGAAGGUCCUUUACAGAGCUGCAGAUGUGUACUCUGCUCUGUUGGCCCUGCUUGAGAACGGAGACGUGGAGAUUCAGAAGUCGGCUCUGAAAGCAAUCCUCACCUGGAAGAAUCGCAGUAUCAACCGUUACGAAGAAAACCUGGUGAAUAUCUUGGAUGACGCGAGGUUCAGAGAGCAGAUUUCGGUCUUCCUGGAUCUGGGCCAGGACGAUGAGUCCAUGAAGGACGAGGAUCGUUCUGAGGUCAUGCCAGUCAUUCUGCGUUUGCUGUAUGGCAAGGUUGUUGCACGCGCCGGUUCCAGCAGCGGAAAGCGGGGUCAAGAAUCGAGGCGAAAGGCGGUAUUCAUCGCGCUGUCCAAGUUUGGAGACGACGAAAUUCGCCAUUUCCUCGACAUUGCGCUUGGCCAUCUCUCCCAUGUGACCCUGAUCGACAACGGCAAGUUACGGGAAGAACCAAUCAACUCGAGAUUGAUGGAGGCGCGGAAGCAGUUUGGUCUUCUGAACAUGCUAGAAGACAUGCUUGACUCGCUUGGCACACAGAUGGGCCCUUUCGCUGGACAACUCAUUGACCCGGUUCUGUACUGUCUGGUCGCUUCCUCUAGGGAGUCAGGCAAACUGUCACAGGGAGAUCAGAAAGAAGCGUCUGGAAUGUCACUCGUGAACUCUAUUCGACAAGUUGGAUUCCACUGCUUGAAUGGCCUAUUCACUCACUGUGCAGAGUUUGAGAAGUGGGCGGGAUACAUUCCGGUCAUUCUUCAGGAGCUCAUCGAACCGAGGUUGGAGAAGUUGCCGGUCGAAACGGCGCAAUCGGUGUCGGGCAUGCUUCGACUAUUCUCGGCAUGGAGCAAGUUCCCCCAAACCGCACCCUUCCUAGUGAAGUACAACGACACUCUCCUAGACAAAGUCGUCGACUGUCUUGAUGUCAGUUUCGCCAAGGAGCAAGUCAAGCUUUUCGUAUUGCGGGACAUUCUCUUGAAUGUCAUCACCCUUGCCGAAGCGGAUUCCAUGGAUGUCGAUGAGCCGUCGGAAAGCAGCCCGGUAUUCGUACGGGAUCACAUACUCAGGCCGAAGUCCGCUCAUAUUCUGAGUGUGAUUGGUCGCCAACUCCAAGGCAGUCCUAGCAAGGAGCUUCUCGACACGGGCGUAUCAACUGUUUCACGCCUUGCUCCUUUCGUUGCUGGAUCUGUCGAAUCCGAGUCUAUGAUUCGUAUUUCCAUCUUCCUUUUGCAGCAACCGACAAGGAGGGUCAGCCCGAGGACGAAGGGCGAUCUCCUCAGCAUCUUGCAUAGCUUCAUUCCGCAGUGCGCGUUGAGUUCCGACGCCGAGUUGACCCAGGACAUCUACCGGACCGUCUGUUCGCUUUUCAGCUACUUCCAAGAUCGGAGGAGCCGCAGCUUGCUUUGCAACAUUCUGACUGAUCUGGCACAAACCGAUCCAUCCCUUUCCGAGGUCUCCGCUCUCGCCACUGAUCUUAAUUCCUUUUCCGAAAGUAGAUUGGACGAGCCUGAUUUCGAUAGACGGUCCAAGGCUUACUACAAGAUCAAUGAAGAGCGGUACCAAGCUUUCCUGGUCAAACAGUGGCAGCCGUUGGUCUACAACAUGCUGUUCUACAUCAAAGAGCAGGAAGAACUCAUGCUUCGAAUCAACGCCUCCUAUGCCCUGAGGAGAUUUGUCGAAGCUGCUACACGAGAUGGAAACAAGGAACAAGAAGACUUCCAACAGCUCAUUACAACGGCCAUCAUUCCAGGCAUCCAAAAUGGUGUUCGAGAUAAGUCUGAGCUCGUGCGGGUCGAAUACCUUUCCGUUCUAGCCCACAUCGUCAAGUCUUUCCCCAAUUGGUCCGUUGUCAGCGACAUGCAUGUCUUGCUUGUUGGCGACGAUGACGAAGCAUCCGUCUUCAGCAACAUCUUGCACAUUCAGCAGCAUCGCCGCCUCCGUGCUCUACGCCGACUAGCAAGCGAGGCAAGCAAAAUCUCGAGUGCCAACAUCAGCCACAUUCUCAUCCCUCUCGUCGAGCACUUCAUAUUUGACAGGGAUGAAGAUGACAGCAGCGCCGCCAAUCUUGCUGGCGAAACAACUAGAGCCAUUGGUUCCCUGGCGCUCUGGCUGGAAUGGCCUCAGUACCGGGCUCUGUUGCGCAGAUACAGCCAAGGCGAAAUGGACAAGACAGCCAUCAAGCUCCUUGGCGUCUUCAUCGAUAGCUUGAGUAAAGCAGCUGAAGUGAAAGGCCUGGUGGCUGCUCCCCGGACUCAGAGCUCUGCUGACGCAGUCGACCAAGAGAUGGUUGAUGCUGAUGGUCCAGAAGAAGCGGCCGCAGAGAAACUCAAAUCGGUCGGCCUCGCACGGACAAUGCCCAGCAAGGAGAAGCUGUCAACAGACCUGACGAACAACUUGCUCCCACCGCUGAUUGCGUACAUCCACCACAAGGACGAGUCCACCGUCAGCUUGCGUGUGCCUGUCGCUGUCAUUGUCGUGAAGCUCCUGCGUCUUCUACCCCCAACGGAGUUUGUGGACCGCUUGCCAGCGGUUCUAAUGGACAUAUGCGCCAUUCUGCGCAGUAGAGACCAACAAGCUCGCGAUAUGACCAGGAAUACCUUGGCAGAGAUCUCGGCGCUCAUUGGGCCCGAGUACUUUGGAUUCCUGCUCAAGGCUCUUCGCACUGCUCUUCAGCGUGGGUACCAGCUCCACGUUUUGUCCUUCACUGUACACUCGAUCCUCAUUGCCAUGACGCCGACGUUCAAGCCCGGUGAGCUUGAUUACUGCCUGAACGACAUCGUCUCCGUUGUCAUGGAUGAUAUUUUCGGCGUGACUGGCCAGGAAAAGGACGCUGAGGAGUACAUCAGCAAGAUGAAAGAAGUCAAGAGCAGCAAGAGCUUUGAUUCCAUGGAGCACAUUGCUAAGACCACGACAAUUAAGCACUUCAUUGACCUCGUCAACCCAGUCCAGUCGCUACUGCUGGAGAGACUGGAUAUCAAGAUGGUCAAGAAGAUCGACGAGCUGCUUCGUCGCAUGGGUCUUGGCAUCAUGCACAAUGAAGCCAUCCAUGACCGCGAGGUCUUGAUAUUUUGCUACCAGCUGAUUCAGGCCGUGUACAAGAGCAACGCUGACCAGACAAGGAACAAGGAUGAGGACGAUUACCGCAUCCGCCGUUAUUUGAUCAACAUGAAGGCGGCCAACAAGAAUCCAAACAGGGGAGCUACCACCUCGCACAGCCACAAGCUCAUCCGCUUCUCCAUGGAUGUCAUGCGUUUCGUUCUUUCAAAACACGAGGAGCUCAAGACACCAUCGAAUCUGGCUGGGUUCAUGCCCAUCAUCGGUGAUGCGGUCGUUUCUGGCCAGGAGGAGAUACAGAUGUCGGCAGUCAGGUUGCUGAGCUCCAUCAUCAAGGUUCCGUUGGAGCAAAUCGACAAGGAUGCCCCGGUCUAUGUUUCCGAAGCUGUUCGCAUCAUCCGGGGCGAGAAGGACACCAACACGGAGCUCGCUCAAGCGUGUCUCAAGCUCAUCUCAGCCGUUCUGCGUGAGCGUCGCAACUCGUCAAUCAAGGAAAAGGACAUCGCUUACCUGCUGAAGAGGAUCAAGGACGACUUGACCGAGCCGGACCGGCAAGGUGUAACGUUCAAUUUCCUCAAGGCCGUUCUGGGACGCAAGAUCGUCAUCACCGAGGUGUAUGAGAUUCUCGACACGGUUGCCUCCGUCAUGGUCACCAACCAGACCCGAAUGGCCCGUGACUUGUCGCGCGGAGUAUACUUCCAGUUCCUGAUGGAUUACCCACAAAGCAAGGAACGUCUGUCCAAGCAGAUUGCCUUCCUGGUCAAGAACUUGGACUACAAGUACAAGGAAGGUCGACAGUCUGUCAUGGAGGCGACGAAUCUUCUCCUCAGUAAAGUCGCCGAUGAAGUUGUCCAAGAGAUCGCAGACAAUGUGUUCGCGCCGCUCGUUCUUCGUCUAGUCAACGAUGAGGACAAGGAAUGCAGGGAGAUGGCCGGUCUCUUGUUGAAGAAGGUCUUUGAGAGAGCCGACGCUGAGCGCACCAAGAAGUUUGUCAAUAUCAUGAAGGCGUGGCUUGAGCAAGACGACCAGACGUUGAAGCGCCGCCUCGCCAUUCAAUGCUUCACCCUGUAUUUCGAGGUCAAGGACGGACAAACCAAGGAGACCAAAUACGUCUUGCGCCGGGUUCCCGAAAUGAUUGCCGAGGCACGCGAGCGGCAGGAAGAGGGCGAUUGGGAGUUGAUCUACUACUCUUUGCAGGCGUUCGCAAAGCUGUGCAAACUCUCCCCCGCCACGACCUUCGCUGUCGGCUCGCAGUCGAUCUGGACGACGGUCCGCGGCUGCCUCACGUACCCACAUGCAUGGGUCAAGCUCUCAGCCGCGCGCCUCAUCGGCCUUUACUUUGCCGAUUUUGCCAGCCACAACGCAGCUGACGGAUACGCCGGGGUUCCGCUUACCGGUUCGGGUGGUCUGCAGCUGGCCGCUGACGACAUGCUCGACCUGACGAGCGCCAGCUUGCGCAUUCUGCGCGUUCCCGGCGUCAGUGAGGAGCUCGCGACCCAGGCAGUGCGCAACCUCGUCUUCCUCGGCCGCUGCUUCGGCGUCAACGGGCUCGAGUGGAAGGCUCGCAGCCCGGCCGAGGAGGGCGCGCUCAAGGAAGCUGCCGAGGAAGAUGAGUUGUCGUCAGAGGAAGCCGAGGACGACGCCGCCGCAGCAGCAGCCGAUGAGGAGGCCGCCGUGCCUGAUAAGCAGCCAACCAGCACCCCGGCCCGGAUCACCGCCUUGCAUUAUCUCAUCACGCGGCUCGCCCUCAUCCUCCGCCGCGAGCCGGCGACCACGCGCGCGCCCGCGCUCUUCCCGAAGACGGCGGCGAUGACACUGCUGGCGGCGCUGUGCAACGCGCUGCCCGCGGCCGCCCUCGAGCCCUCGCUGGCGACGAUGCUCCUGCCCCUGCACAACCUGACGGACCCGUCCAUGCCGCCGCUGCAGAGCGCGACGGACGAGGACUUCAACGCGGCGCAGACGGCGCUGGGCAACGCGGCGACGGAGGUCAUGGGCCUGCUGCAGAAGAAGCUGGGCACGAGCGAGUACGUGCGGGCCAUGGGCAAGGUGCGCGAGGGGGUCAAGGAGAGACGGGAGGGGCGGAGGGUCAAGCGCGCGCUGGAGCGCGUGGCGGAGCCCGAGCGGGCGGAGAGGGCGAAGAGGAGGAAGAGGGAGAGGGGCAAGGAGAGGAGGAAGGAGAAGGGCCAUGAGGCGAGGGGGAAAAGGAGGGGUUGGUGA